AAGGGGUGUUGGCUGUUCCGGUGAUCCAUCGGGCAGGAAGCUAAAGGGAAAGGAGUUAUAUGUGGAGAUAAUCCAAGACAAUCCGGGAUGGAUAGCCAAGGGAGGAAAGUGGUUGUCUGUGACAAUGGCACAGGGUUUGUGAAGUGUGGACGGGCAGGAUCUAACUUCCCUGACCAUAUCUUCCCAUCUCUGGUAGGCAGACCUAUCAUUAGAUCACAACAGAAAGUAGGGGAUAUUGUCGUCAAGGAUUUAAUGGUUGGAGAUGAAGCCAGUCAAUUGAGGUCGAUGUUGGAAGUGAACUACCCCAUGGAGAAUGGGAUCGUUAGGAACUGGGAUGACAUGAUUCACCUGUAUGACUACACCUUUGGGAAGGAAAAGAUGAACAUUAACCCCAAAAACACAAAGAUUCUACUCACAGAACCUCCCAUGAACCCCAUGAAAAACCGAGAAAAGAUGAUAGAGGUUAUGUUUGAAAAGUACCAAUUUGAAGGAGUGUACAUUGCAAUCCAGGCUGUCCUCACACUUUAUGCACAGGGUUUGUUAACGGGUGUUGUGGUGGACUCUGGAGAUGGUGUCACGCAUAUAUGUCCUGUCUAUGACGGAUUUGCUCUCCCGCAUUUGACGAGGAGAUUAGACAUCGCUGGCAGAGACAUCACUCGUUAUUUGAUAAAGUUACUGUUACUACGAGGUUAUGCAUUCAACCACUCUGCAGACUUUGAGACAGUUCGAAUGAUGAAGGAAAGCCUGUGCUACGUAGGCUAUGAUGUUGACCAGGAACAGAAACUUGCCUUAGAAACUACUGUUCUAGUGGAAUCGUACACAUUACCAGAUGGGCGCAUCAUAAAAGUUGGCGGAGAGAGAUUUGGUGCUCCAGAAGCCCUUUUCCAGCCUCAUUUAAUCAAUGUAGAAAAAGUGGGUGUGGCAGAGUUACUGUUCAACACAAUACAGGCAGCAGAUAUAGACACAAGACCAGACUUUUAUAAACACAUAGUCCUGUCUGGUGGUUCCACCAUGUACCCUGGCCUGCCCAGUCGACUGGAGAGGGAAAUAAAACAGCUUUACCUGGAGAGAGUGCUGAAGGGAGACACUACAAAGUUAUCGAAAUUCAAAAUUCGCAUAGAGGACCCACCCCGAAGAAAGCACAUGGUGUUCCUGGGAGGUGCUGUUUUGGCCGAAAUUAUGAAAGAUAAGGACACGUUUUGGAUGACGAGGCAGGAAUACCAGGAGAAAGGGAUGAGGGUUCUGGAGAAAAUGGGCGUGUCUCCAGCAUAAUUCUUCUAUAGGCCACACCCCUUUACCAUCAGGACCACAAGCCUCUAGGAACGUUAUAGUAUCAUAUGUGAUCACCACUCUCCACGUCAUAUGUGGCUUCUUCCAAAUCUUGUACAAUAAUAAACUAAAAACCAAACUAAAAAAAAGUAUAGAGCAUAUGUAUAAAUUUAUUUUUCCAUGAAAUAAUGUGUAAAGUGAGAAUUUAAAUUUAUGUGUCAUUUAUGCAUGAUGACUUAAAGUGCGUUAAUAUUGUAUGCUAAGAGCUGUAGUGCUACUAAUAGUUAUGGCACAGGCCUGGGAUGGGAUACAUUUGUAUGGAUUACUUAUGUUUGGCGUACCUGGAAAAGUAAAACAGAGGAACUUCCUUUCAUUCUGAUCUGGUUUGUGUAUGUAAGUUUCUACGCAAGCUCUUGUAAAGAACUGUUAUCCAUUUCUUUUUCUUUUGUUUUUUUUUUUGUAAAAUUACAAAUAUGAUAAAGAUUUCUUAAGAUAACUCCUAUAGCAAUUUUAAUAGUCCAUUUUGAUUGUUGAAAUCAAGAAUUGCAGUAGCAAUAAGAAAUUUAAUAGGCCAGUGGGAAUGUGUUGAUUAUUUACUUACUCCAUUCUAAAAGUUAUGCAAUUCUUUACCCCUUUGAUAUAUUAAAACACAACAUACAUGUUAUUUAUUUAUCCAAAUAAUUGUAAAAGAAAAAGCUUUGUCUGGGAUCGGCUGGAAACUGAGCAAAAUUAGACUAACAUAACUACAGCUUGAAGUGUAUCGAAAAAACCCAGUAGUUUAUUUAGGAUAGAAGGAAUCCUGCAUCGAUGGUUGAAUGUCUAAUACAAGUCCUGUGAAAAAGAGCUGUUUAAGCACGAGUGUAAUUUCGGACACCAUGAUUUCUGGUGUGAACAGAAAACGAAAGAAAUUUGUUUCCAGAGCGAAAAAAGAAAAAGAUACAAUUGUCAUACCUGAUGUGAAAUUUGUGGAGAGGGCGAGGGGAGAAAAAAUAACGUCUAUAAGAAGUAACAACCAAGAUGCCAGUUGCAGUAAAUUUACUGAACUUCUGUAUGGAUGUUAUGUUGCUAAUACCUUGACCAUAAUCCCUACCAAGUCAUUUCCUUGAAUAUUUCAUCCAAGUUUAAAUUGUAAUCAUUUGUUUCGUAAGCUAAUAAAACUUUUCAUGAAGAUUAAGCACCCUAAAACAGUUUAUCUGCAGUGCUGGCACUUUAACAAAGGGAGGUAACUUGUACAUGUAUGUAACAUACUAGAAACAAACUUUGUCCAUCACGCUCAAAAAGCUGCCGUGUAGAUUACUGUGUAGAUACGAACAUGUGUAUGAUAUGUUCAACUUUGAGGUAAUCAUGCUAAUUUUCCUUUACUGUGGAACAAACUUGUACAAAAUACAUUGCUAUCCAUGUACUUAUAAAUAAAAUUUAUAAGAAAGAAGAC